UCAAAUGUCAAUUCCCAGGAAAUUAACAUGGAAUUCAACACGUGGCUUCUGUGGAACAAGCUCAUCGUGACCUUCUUCAGAAAAGCACACCUCACAGGUGAGGUGACCACACCUGUCGUCUAUAAAAGAGCAACUGGCUCUCAUUGGGACCAUCACACUUCAGAACAAGAUCUGACUCUACUAACAGCGACCAUCUACUCAAACGAAAACCAAAUGGCUGAGUACAUCACAGACCUUAAAGUGUCAGUAACUGAACAGGAGGAGACUGAACUCCGUGGUCAGGGCUACACCGUGCUGCCUGAGAAUCUGAAUCCAGAUGGAAGGGUAAAAAUAUACCUCUGGUACAAAAAGGGCCAUGGUGGCGCCAUCAGCAGGAUCCAGUUCUCCUUCCUUUCUAGCAUGACCUCUGGCCUGCAUGAGGCAGGUUAUCGUAAGAUCAACAAAAACCUUAAUGAGGGAACAGCGGGAGACACUAUCUACCUCUGGUACUUCAGUGGGUCCCUGCCGUCUGAUGUUCCCAUCACUGACCUAGCUGUUGCACUUAAUGCUAAGGAUGAAGCCAAAUGGUACAAAGCUGGCUACCAAAGACUGGCCUGUGAUCUGAACCGGAAUGCUGGAGGAAACAGUAUCUACCUGUUUUUGAAGAGAGCAAAGCCAGUGUACAUCCGUGCCAUCGAUGCCAGUGGUAACUUUGAUGAAGAUGUUAACAAAUUCCAGAAGGGUUUUAUCCGUGUGGAUGAAAACACCAACAGAGAGGCAGGAGGAAAUACUGUCUUCAUCUGGUACCAACUGACCACUGAUGACAAGCAGGCUCUCCACGGCCCACUGGAAAUCUCCAUUACUGACAACCAGUAUGCCAGUUAUGAAAGCAAAGGCUACAAAUCAGUGAACCAGGAUCUCAACCAAGGGACCGGAGGCAACCCUGUUUUUCUGUGGUACAAGAAAGAUGUCCCAAAGAACCCCAUCAGAGAUCUCUCUGUGAUCUUCAAACAAGAAGUGGAUCCGUUUGAGAAUGCUGGGAUCAAGGUCAUCAAUAAAAACCUCAACGAAGGCAACAAAGGUGUUGAAGAAUUCCUAUGUUUUGCUGAGUGAACUCUGAGGUGAAAACAAAAAAAAAAUUUAAACAAUGAAAUAAAAAAAUCGUAUGGUCUUACUUGGAGUUUGGUGAUGGGCUCUCUAUGAAAUGAUGUAACACCCUGUGAUCUCUAAGAUUCUGGGUUAAAAACCCACAAUGAUCAGUGGUUUAUAGACCCUAAAGUCAAACAUGCCUGAGUUUCAUUGUAUUGUUUUCUCUAAAGUUUCAAAUAAAAUUUCACUCCAAUCUGAAA